AUGGCUACAACACAAGUCUCCCAGUGCCGGAGAGCCAGUAGCAUCUCCGAGGCCGAUAUAAAGGCCAGCGUCGACGAGUAUAUAAGCCCGGAUAUUCUGCAUAUCUUCCGCGAGGACAGGGCCGAGGCGCCGGCCAGCCCCCUCGCACCAAAGGCCCACAUCUCCGCCCCGUCGGAGGAGCUGCUGUCACGGUUCCCUCAAUUCCAGCGCCUGCCACUGGAGAUCCGCUAUUUGAUCUGGGAGGCGGCCGUCCCCGAGCCGACGGUCGUGCCAAGGACGUGGAACAACGCCAAGUUCAGGUACAACCUGCAGAGGAGCGUGCCUGCGGUGCUGCAGGCCUGCGCAGAGUCGAGGAGCCUCCUGGUCGCGCAGCCAGGGUCGGCGCGGACGGGGAGUGUCGCCCCGAAGUACGAGCUCGUCCAGACGCGGGGCCGCGAGGAUGAGGGCGUGUAUAUGGACUUUGACAAGGACUCCAUAUGGGUGUACCGAGGCUACGACAUCAACGACGCCGAGGUCGCGGCAUACUCGGGCCUGCGCAGCCUCGUCAUGAACUGGGGGCUGCGGCCGUGCUGGGUCGACUCGGCCGUGGACGACGGCGUGAGGUUCGUGCGCAGGUUCCCCGAGCUCAGGCUGCUGACGCUGCUGGUGGACUUCAACGAGCACGGCUGGCCGGAGCCGUCGACGCUCAAGGGGCUCAGGAGGCUGAAGCGCACCGAGGUAAAGCGCAUCUGGGCUCUGGUGCGGGCGGCGUUCCGGAGGGCGGAGGAGGAGGACCCGGGCUGGACGGCGCCGCGGUUGCAUAUCGUCCAUCGGACGGAGAACUGGUGCCGCCGGGAGGCCAGGUGA